AUGGCGCGUCGUCGCGCUCGCGAUGAACCUCAAGAGGAGGUCGAGGUUGAGGAGGAACAAGGAGAGGAGCUUGUCAGCCUUCAAUUCGACGAAGAAUUGACUUGGAAGCCCGGAAAACCUAUCCCUACAACCGAGCUUCUCAACCGUCUGCAGGCUCUGGCAGAGGAACUCGGGGGUCUUGAUCAGGAUACUACAGAGGUCGAAUCUCUCAAUGACGUUGCUCAUGCUUUGGGCCAACGCAACCUGCUAGCCCACAAGGAUAAGGGCGUCAGAGCGUACACGGCUGUGUGUAUCGCAGACAUUCUGCGCCUGUGUGCGCCUGACGCGCCGUUCACCGCGGAUCAGACCAAGAUGUUCUUCAAUCUGGUCGUUACGCACGUGUUCCCUUCAUUGAGCGACCAAAUCCACCCUUAUCACAGCCAGCACAAAUACGUGUUGACAGCUCUGACCGACGUCAAAAGUAUCCUCCUAAUCAAUGAUAUCGACGGUGCCGACGAUAUGCUCCUGAAACUCUUCUCAGUCUUUUUCGAUGGAGUAUCUGGAAGCUCGAACUCGGGGCCCGAAGAAGGUGUCUCGAAGGAAGUCGGCAACACCAUGACGGAAAUGCUGAUUGCCUUGGUUGACGAGGCAUCGGGCAUGAACCCAAAGGUCAUUGAAGUAAUCAUGGCCCAAUUCCUUAGAGCAGCGCCUCCUGGCGGCUUCCAGAGCCGCACAGAACGUAAUGAGCAGAACGGCAACCAGUCGACCUUGCUGCCCAAGGACGAGCCACCUGCGUACAUCAUGGCGAAGGAGAUCUGCAAUGUGUGCACCGAGAAGAUGGUACACUACGUAAGCCAGUAUUUCAGCGAUGUCAUUCUCGACGCAUCUCGAUUCGCGGCGAAGACUGUUGGAAAAUCGCACGAAGAUGAAGAGGACGAGGAUGCCCCUAGGGGCCCCACGGAUUCAGAAUUGAAGGAACUCAGAAAGGCCCACUAUCUCAUCCGAGAACUCUGGCGCGCAUCGCCAUCUGUUCUGCAAAAUGUCAUACCACAGGUCGAAGCAGAGUUGUCGGCCGAUAACGUGGAUCUUCGACAACUGGCCACAGAAACACUUGGAGAUAUGAUCUCCGGACUCGGUGCUGCUGGGCCGCCCCCGCCACCCGCGUUGGAUCCUGCUCAGUAUCCUCCUUUGCGCUUAGCCGACGAGGCUCCCAGUCAGAUCUCCGACAGCGUCCUCACCACACCUCUCUCGCCUCAAUCUUUUGCGCAAACCCAUUCUUCCGCAUACAACCAUUUCUUGGGCAGAAGAAAUGACAAGACGGCGACUAUUCGAGCAGCUUGGACGAACGCUGUCGGAUACAUCCUGGCCACCUCAGCAGGCGGGAUUGGUCUCAGUCGCGAGGAACAGUCCGAGUUAGUGAAGCAUCUAGGGGAGAAGCUCAACGAUGGAGACGAAAAGGUCCGGUUGGCUGCCGUGAAAGUGAUGGAGCUCUUCAGCUUCCGCGACUUCAUCUCUAAGCUGGCUGCCCCAGGCGGCGUGGAUAAGGACGGCUCUGUUCUUAGCAGUCUUGCCGACCGGUGUCGAGACAAGCGCACUGCUGUUCGAGUCGAUGCAAUGACGUUGCUCGCGAAACUCUGGGCCGUUGGAUCAGGGGAGCUUGCUGCUGGGCAGGAGAGCGUCGUUGCCGCCCUAUCUGGUAUUCCUUCGCGCAUUUUCAACGCCUUCUAUGCCAACGACUCUGAGCUCAACAUCCUUCUCGAUCGUGUACUCUUCGAGUGCCUGGUACCUCUGUCCUAUCCUCCCAUUAAGGCACCAAAGAGUACCCGAGGGGCGUCUCAAAGCUCUCAGAACGCGGGUGUUGCUGACCAAGAUCGCAUUCGCGCGGAAAGAAUUCUUCUCCUUACUCAAUCUCUGGACCAAGCGGCUAAGAGAGCCUUCAUGGCUAUGCAAGGUCGACAACCUCAAUUCGCGCAGGUCCUUGAAGCCUUCGUCAAGCAGUGCGAGAGCUACAACGGAGGUGUGAUAGACGAUAAUCGCCCAAAGAUUACGGCGAACCUGGAGAGGACAGUACAGUACAUCACACAGUUCUUCCCAGACUCCUUCAAAGUGAAGACCGACCUCCAGAAGUUCGCCAAUGCGAAUGACCGACGCGCCUACCAGCUCGUUAAAUUCUCCGUCAGUGCCGAGAGCGACUACAAGACGGUUCGACAAGCCAUCAAGGAACUGGUCAAGCGCACCAAUGCAAGCCAGAACGCGACUAUCCUAGAUACGCUCUUGCCGCUUCUCUACAGGUCGGCUUGCUUGCUGUUCAACCGAAGUCACCUUGCAACGAUCCUCGAUUACUCGAGGAACGAUAAGGACGGCCUGGGCUCGGUAUCCCACGAAAUUCUCAACGAGAUCUCACAGCGCAACCCUGAGCUUUUCAAGACUCACGUGGGAGGGCUGUGCAAGGGUCUCAUCGAGCAAGCUCCCACAGAGACCAACGAGAACGAUUCCAACGUUGUCGAUACCUUGAAAGCUUGUGCUUCAUACUCAAAGAAGUACCCAGAAGAGAUUCCUCAAGACCGAAAAUUCUCACAGGCUCUUGUUAGCUACGCUCUGUAUGGACGGCCUGUGAAGUCUGCCAAGUAUGCCAUCAAGAUUCUCCUGGCCAAGGGUGACGACAAAGGCCUAGUCAGUGCAACCAGCUUGUUGGAGAAGAUUAUGCAAGACUGGACCUACGGCUCAGCGCACUUCCUCAACAAGCUCCAGUCUGUCGCACAGCUGGAAUUGCAAGUGCCCAAGAUUACCCUCGAUUCAGAUGAUGACAUCCUCAACAUGACUGUGCAGCAAAUUUUGCUCAAGGUCCGAACAGACGCAACAGACAAAGACCCCGAGUGGGUGGAUGACGCUAGCGUGGAUGAGGAAUUGCAAGCGAAGUGCCUGUCAUUGCAUAUUCUCGUCAACCGACUGCGCAGUAUGGACGAUGUCGAAGAGGCUAAAGAGAAGGCCGUACCUGUCUUCAAGCUGCUCAAGACAUUGGUCGCGAAGAGAGGAGAGCUCUGUAAGACGAAGGAUACUCCCAACCACCACAAGUCACGACUUCGUCUGCUAGCAGCUCAGCUGUUGCUGAAGCUAUGUACCAUCAAGCAUUUCGACGACUUCCUGACGCCGGCCGAUUUUAACCGUCUCGCAUUCACGGCGCAGGAUACCGAACUAACUGUUCGCCGGGGUUUCAUCGAGAAGCUCCAAAAGUAUCUUGUGCAGAACAAGCUUCGGGCACGCUUCUACACCAUCAUCUUCUUGACAGCAUUCGAGCCGAAUAACGAUCUGAAGCAGCGCGUUGAGACCUGGAUCCGGUCCCGGGCUCGCGCAUUGGGGGCGAAUGAACAGCACCCUAUGGAGGCGAUUAUGGGACGACUCAUCUCUUUGCUGUCUCACCAUCCCGACUUCAACAAGCCAGAGAAUAUCGAUGAUGCCAGUGCAGAGGAACUGAGCUCAUACGCCAGCGACCUAGCGGACCAUGGCCGCUACAUUCUGUACUAUCUUACAAAUGUGGCAACGGAAGAGAACUUGGGACUCAUCUACAAGUACGCUGAAAGGGUGAAGCAGACUCGUGAUGCGAUCAGCCCGGAGGCGAGCGAGAAUCUUUACAUUGUCAGCGAUUUGGCCCAGGCCGUUGUAAGGAAAUGGCAGGAGAGGAAGAAUUGGAGUUUCCAAGCGUACCCGGGCAAGGUCGGGUUGCCGAUCGGCCUCUACACUGCCUUGCCUUCACACCAGGUCGCCCAGGAGAUUGCCGAGAAGCAGUACCUGCCGUCAGAGAUUGAUGAGAAAUUGGACGGUCUGUUCAAAUCAAUCGAUCGAAAGAAGAAGAGAAAGUCUACAGAUGAUCGUGGAGACCACCAUCCAGCCAAGAAGGCAAGGUCAGCCCCGAGGGUCAGGGAGCCUAAGGCACCAAAGGAACCUAAGCCGAAGAAGCAGAAGGUCAAGAAGCCCGCCAAGGUCAAGGCCCCGCGCCGCGAAUCUGACAUUCCCCUGGAAAAUCGGAGACGCAGCGGCCGUGCUGCUACCACUGCUGUAUCCAAGUACACCGAACGCGACUCAUCCGACGACGACCGUGAGAUGUGGGACGGCGUCAGCAAGUGGACGUACGAGAAUGAAGAUGGAGAACAGACGGAGGUGUCAGAUGACGAUGAUGACUCUUCGGUUCUCUCGGAAGCCCCAGAGGAAGAAAAUGGCGAGGGGGCUAAGAAGCCAACAGCUGCUGCGGAUGACAGCGGCGAUGAUUCGCCGUUGUCCGAGGUUGAGGACGUUGCGACAGAGGAACCAGAGAAGGAGGAAGUGGAAGCAGACGACGAGGAAGAGCCGGAAGAAGCUACGCCACCGCCCAAAUCCAACGGGCGAAAGGGCAGGUCGGCAGCGGCAUCAAAAGCGGCAGCCAAGACUAAACUACCAGCCCGACCUGCAGCCAAAGAGAAGCCCGCUCCGAGAGCGACGAGGACGUCGACGCGGAGCACCCGUGGGAGGGCCGCCCAGGAGUCGAUGGACGUUGAUGAGAGUGACUGA